AUGUGCCUUCGACCAAAUCUUCAACCUCCAUAUUGUGAACAGUACGAGGUCACGAGUGAUUCGAUAACUGUCAUGUCACCAAAAUUGAGGGAGACAGCGAUAUCGGAGCAAAGGCACCGAUCUUUGGUUUCGGAGGUGGAUGAGUCGACCGAUGAACUUGUCGAAAUUCCCGGACCUCAGAUAAUUCACCCGGUACUUAUCGAGUCACCACCUUCAUCCCAUAUCCAAUCGGAAAUGAAACCUGGCGAGCACAGUUCCGGAAGUGUUAAGGGUGAAGCAGAAUGGACGAGAAGCCCAACAACACCACACAUACCACUCAUUUCGCUGGACCGUCAUGAUAUCGAAGAUUUACCGCCAGACGCCUUCGAGGUCACCUUCCCACCUUUUAUCACCGUUGUACCGCGACUGUUUACUACUAUCGACAGUACAGAGAGAGGAUUGCUACCGAUUCGCCCAGUG